UAUCCCCUCUUCCUCCCGUCUUCUAUAACAACUUAUAAUUUGCUCCUACUCAAUCGUACGUAUCAGGAGAUCUCAUCAGUACCCAGUCCUUGUUCUAAUUUUCUGUGCUGAUUCGAUGACGAAGAUUUUCAGGAGCAGCUUCUACAGGUCCAAGCAACCCGAGCCUCUGCCGGAGAAGGAAGAGGAGGAAUCGGCGGCGGGCGAGUACGUGGAUCUCGAGGACGGCCAAGGCAAGCAUGUCAAGACGCCUGGAUGCGGCGGAGGCGGCUCCAGUGACUCGCUCGCCCUCGGUCGGGGCAUCUGCUACAUACUGCUGGGCUGCGCCUUGCUGGGCUGCUCCUACCUCGUGCCCAAACCGGCGCAGCACAGCCACUUCGCAGCCAUGAUCGGCGCCUUGUACCUCGCCAUUGGGGCUGCCGCUCUGGCACGCUACGCUUGCACCUCGAGGUGGCGGUCGUCGGAUUCUGAUUGAGUUUUGUUCCUUCUUUACUUGCUACAUAGAAUCAUGGCCUCCAUUGGAUCGAUUAUAUUUGUCAUCUUUAUUA